AAACUCCACAAGUUUCCACCACCACCUAUCCAAUUUCAAACUUGUCUAAUAAUUUCUUUUCGUUCUUCUCUUGAGGAAGACAACAACAACAGCAACAAUAAUUAUCAUGGGGGAAGAGUCAAAGAAGGUUUCGUUUGACGGUGAAGCAGCGUCGUUACUGGUGAAGGAGCUGAGGGGAAGCUUCAAUUACGGCACAGCGCGAAGCUACGAAUGGAGAGUGUCGCAGGUGAAGGCGCUUUUGAAGAUGCUGGAUGAGAACGAGGAGCAGAUCAUUGAUGCUCUUCGUUCCGACCUCGCCAAACCCCCACUCGAAACCGUUGUCUAUGAGAUUGGUAUGGUUAAAAACUCAUGUGAAAUCAUUCUGAAGGAACUGAAACAAUGGAUGAUGCCAGAAAAGGUUAAAACAUCACUCGCAACUUUUCCCUCUUCAGCUGAAUUAGUGCCUGAACCUCUGGGUGUUGUGUUAGUCAUCUCUGCAUGGAACUACCCAUUUUUGUUGUCUCUUGAUCCAGUGGUAGGAGCUAUAGCAGCUGGUAAUGCUGUGGUUCUAAAACCAUCAGAAAUUUCUCCGGCGUCAUCUUCACUGCUUGCAGAAUUGUUAGGGAAGUAUAUGGAUAACUCAUGUAUCAGAGUUGUUGAGGGGGGAGUUGAUGAAACCACAGCACUUUUGCGGCAAAAGUGGGACAAAAUUUUCUAUACAGGUAAUGGAAACGUGGGACGCAUAGUGAUGACUGCUGCUGCAAAACACCUUACACCGGUUGUGCUGGAACUUGGAGGAAAAUCUCCAGUUGUUGUUGAUUCAAAUGUCAACUUACCGGUAUCAGCUAGACGGAUAAUUGCAGGCAAGUGGGGGUGUAACAAUGGACAAGCCUGCAUUUCUCCGGAUUAUGUUAUAACAACAAAAGACUUUGCUCCCAAGUUGGUGGAUGCACUAAAGACUGAAUUGGAGAACUUUUUUGGAAAGAACCCAAUGGAAUCACAAGAUUUGUCCCGCAUUGUGAAUUCCCAUCACUUUGCUCGCUUGAUCAAGUUCUUGGAUGAUGAUAAGGUUUCUAGCAAGAUUGUUUAUGGAGGUGAAAAGGAUGAAAGCAAAUUAAGGAUUGCUCCCACUAUUUUACUGGAUGUUCCACGAGAUUCUCUGAUAAUGAGCGAGGAGAUCUUUGGUCCAUUGCUUCCCAUCAUCACGGUGAAUAAAGUAGAAGAAAGCUUCAAUGUGAUCAACUCAGGAACAAAGCCCCUCGCUGCAUAUUUAUUUACAACCAACGAGAAGUUCAAGCAGGAGUUUGUAAUGAACGUUUCAGCCGGGGGUUUGCUUAUCAAUGACACAGUCUUACAUCUUGCGGUUCCCAAAUUGCCAUUUGGGGGAGUAGGGGAUAGCGGAAUGGGUGGAUACCACGGGAAAUUCUCCUUUGAUGCUUUUACCCACAAAAAGGCAGUUCUUUAUCGCGGUUUUACCGGCGACGCGUCGGUUAGGUACCCACCAUACACUAAAACAAAACAGAGUUUGAUGAAGGCUCUUAUUGGUGGUGACAUUCUUGGCAUGGGUCGUGCUCUUUUUGGAUGGUCCUAGGUUUAAAUGUUUCUUGAAUCUGGCUGCUAUGAAUGUAUCUCUUUUCUUCUAGCUUUCUUGUACUUUAGUGUGCAGUUUGGUUUUGUUGUUAAUUAUUAUCAUUCUUUGGAAUAAACUCAUGUAGCCAUGGUUGUGCUUGGAAAAAAAGUAAAUUGGUUAUGUUA